GGCCUUUCCACCACUGGCAAGUUCAAGCCCAUCUGCGUGAAGGCGCGCACAGAGGCCUACACCAUCGAUUCCCUGAUUGCGAGGGCGGAGAACUACAGGAAGACGCAAGCGGAGAUCGAGCGGAGGGCCAAAGAGGCAGAGGAUGCGGUUGUUGCUGCCAGUGGCGAGAGCUCGUUCGGCGGCAGCCCUUCGCCCGCGGCUCCGCAGCAGGGCGCGCUUGCAGCGGGGUCUGGGCCGCAGCUCAAUCCUGCGGCGAUGGCUUGCUCGCGGUCCGUCGUCGCCCCCUCCGAGUGCAGGCCGCCGAGGACGCCUGGCGCGAGGCCUCGCGGAGGCGCCAGAUCCGCCAUGUCCGAUGCCAAGAAGUCCGAGGUGGAGGAGCUCGUGGAUAGGCGCAUUUCAGCUCUGGACACGAGCAGGUGCUGGUCGGGCGCGGCCAUGGGCCGCGAGCUUCGCUGGGCCAGGGAGUCGCACGAGGGCAUCAUGGAGGCCAGCCCCACCCCAGAGGACUCGGAGACCGCUGACAAGCUGAAGGAGCACAUCUCGGUGUUCGAUGCGAUCUGCGGGAUCGUCGAGAAGCCCCUUCGAGAGAUCCCGAAGAGCAAGCUCGACAGCUUCCUGAAUAUCCUGGAGAAGUACAGCGAGGACAUGCCGAGCAAGUGGAAGUUGGAUAACUUGAAGGUGGGCGACCUCUUGAAGAAGCCUGACAUGUGCAUGCAGGAUUUCUUCUAUAUGAUUGCGCCGUGGGAGGUCCAGCACGCCGAGGGCAAUGAGAGCCUCACGUACAGGCCGACGUACCCCAGGGUGAUCACGUUGGACGGCAGCCAGGCGGACAAGAUCAGCCAGCGCGACGCGUUCUUCACCGAGGCGCUGAACCAUCACAUCCAUGCUGGCGAAGGCGGCCGAUCCCAACUUGUUCAGUUCUGCACCUCCUGCCUCGACUGGAUCGACAACAACUGCCCCGAGGAUGAGGCCUUCGACGAUGUCGUCAACACGAUGGCGCAGUGCUUGAAGGCUCUCCUGUGCAUUGCCAGCCCAGACAAGAUUGCCUACCACGAUUCCAUAACUAAAAUGGGGGAGGCCAAGUCGCAGUGCCCUGGGCAAGCGUGCCUCCGCCACCUGAACUUGUCGGUGAAGCGCUCGGAGUUCUACACCAGCCUCAGGGCCGUGCGA